UCGGGCUGAGUAAAGAGAGAGAAGGUGAAGCUCCGCAGGGCUCAGAGUGUCCCUGUCCCGGAGUCUGUCCCGGUGUCUGUCCGGUGUCUCUCCGGUGUCUCUCGGUGUCUCGGGCGGUGGAGCAGCAUGUCGGAGCCGGUCUCUCCCCGCGGUUUAGCGGCAGCGGCUCCCGCAGGAAAAGCGAAACUUACCCACCCCGGAAAAGCGAUUCUAGCCGGUGGAAUUGCAGGUGGGAUUGAAAUCUGCAUCACGUUCCCAACUGAAUACGUAAAAACUCAACUUCAACUCGACGAAAAAGCGAAUCCUCCACGCUACAGAGGAAUCACGGACUGUGUAACACAGACGGUUCGAGGCCACGGAGUGAAGGGUUUAUACCGAGGCCUCAGCUCCUUACUGUACGGAUCUAUACCCAAAUCAGCCGUCAGGUUUGGUGUGUUUGAGAUUUUGAGUAAUCAGAUGCGUGAUGAAGCCGGGAGAUUGGACAGUAGGCGUGGUCUGAUCUGUGGGUUGGGGGCGGGGGUUCUGGAGGCGGUGCUGGUGGUCUGUCCAAUGGAAACAGUGAAGGUGAAGUUUAUCCAUGAUCAGAGCUCAGCUAACCCCAGAUAUCGUGGAUUCUUCCACGGCGUGAGAGAGAUCAUCAGAACUCAAGGGAUCAGAGGAACAUAUCAGGGUCUCACAGCUACUGUACUGAAGCAGGGAUCCAAUCAGGCCAUCCGGUUCUUUGUGAUGACGUCCCUGAAGAACUGGUACAAAGGCGACGACCCGAACAGACCCAUGAACCCGAUGGUGACGGGAGCGUUCGGCGCUGUGGCCGGAGCUGCUAGUGUUUUCGGAAACACACCUCUAGAUGUGAUCAAGACCAGAAUGCAGGGUCUGGAGGCUCAUAAGUACAGGAACACUGCAGACUGCGCCGUUCAGAUCCUGAAACACGAGGGACCGACUGCGUUCUAUAAAGGAACGGUUCCUCGGCUCGGCCGCGUGUGUUUAGACGUAGCCAUCGUCUUCAUCAUAUACGAGGAGGUGGUGAAAGUCCUGAACAAGGUCUGGAAGACGGAGUGAGAGGAGGAGUGAGAGGAGGAGUGAGAGGAGGAGUGAGAGGAGGAGUGAGAGGAGGAGUGAGAGGAGGAGUGAGAGAGUAUGUGAAUGAAAGAGAAAUGUAAUCACUGUGCCAAAAGACCGAACGCUUGUAGUUGAUUUAAAUCCCGGAUCUCCUGUUAUCAUCGUGUAACUCUGAGUGUUUCUAAUAGUGAACAGUGAUCUGUAGUGCAGCAACACCAUCAUACAAAUACUGAGACAUUAUUUCUGCUUUAUUUGUAUAUUUCAGGAUUUCUGUUUUUGGAGAAGUAAAACCUGUCGACUCAACAGAAAAGAAAAACUCAAAACAGUCAGAAUAACUUAGAUUAAAAUAUAUCAUAAUACUUUUUAUAAAACACAUUAUUUGUUUAUUAUAUUGAUAAGUUAGAACUAACAAAAAUAACCUUUUAAAAUAGCAAUACCACAUUUUAAAGGAGAUGAAAGAACACAGGUAUGAUUUCUGUCUUUACUCAUCUUUUCCUCUCAGAUCUCAUGUUUUUUCUUAGUUCUUUAAAAACCAUGAAGCUAAAAUACUCAGAGAAGCUCAUUAUGAUGCUGUUUUACUCUGUAAUGAUAAAAUAGUUAAAUAUCAGCAGCGUCUCUCUGUCCCAUCAAAUCUUACAGAGAAAUACACACACACACACAAAUACACACACACACACACACACACACACACACACACACACACACACACACAAAUACACACACACACACACACACACACACACACACACACACAAAUACACACACACACACACACACACACACACACAAAUACACACACACACAUACACACACACACACACACACACACACACAAAUACACACACACACACACACACAAAACAGAUUAAGAGAUAUAACCGUGGCAGAGUAUGUUUAUGUGUUUUUUUAUUCAUUUUAUUAAUUUAUUAAUAUAAAGUGUGGGGCGAGAUGUUUGGGAUUAAGAGUAGUAUUUACAUAUUUUUAAAGAAGUUAAAGAUGUUUAAACUGAUAUAUAAUUUAAUACAGAGUUUAGGAUUAUUGAGUAUUAGGUAGCAGUUUGCACUUUUACAUAAAAUAUAUUCAUUUUGAGGCCUUUUGGGCUUUUUUACAUUUUUUAUAACAAUGCCUCUGUUUACCAGUGCUGGGAAUUUAUGUUUUGUAAUUAAUAUUAAUAUUUUUUUAAUAUCAGGAAUUUUAGUUGAAACGUUUGUUUGAAUGUGUUUUAAAUGUUUACCUCAUUAGAUAUUAAACAAUAAUGAAAUAUGAACCCUGGGAGUGAGAAUCACAGUGCGUCUUACAAUACCAUAUUAUCACACUACAUCUCCACAAUAACAAUAUCACCACGGUACUGUGAUACUGUGAUCACAUGACUUUCUCUACGAUACUUUAAGAGGAUAAAAUACUCGUAAAUAAUCAAAUAUUAGGAAUUAAGGAUUUAUUGUUUCAGUUUCACACAAUUUUAAAAAUGAUCAAUAUUCUUCUCUUCAGGUUUAUGAACCCUGUUCAUAAGAUUAUAGCGCCACCAUGUGGAGAAAUAAAGCAGAAAGUUUAGUAAGAUUAGUUGGGGAGAGAGUUUCAGGGAGUUUAGAGCUCCUGUGUUUAUGCUGUAAAAACUGGUACAAAACAACACAAUCAGAAUAAUAUAAUAUAGUGAUAUACUGUUUUCACCUCUGCAGUUGAUUUAAUCAUGAUAUAAAUCUGUUUUAAUCUAUUUUUGUAUUUAUUUUUGUCUCAUGCUGCACACGUGCCUUUAAACCACACAUUCCACUAAACAUAUAUUUAGAUGUUAUACGGAGUGAUCUGUUAUACGCUGGUCUGUGUUUUCAGUAGUUAUUAAAAUAUAGAAAUAUGUAGAUAGUUUGCUGCUGAAUGUACUGAGAGUGCUGAAAUGUAAAUAUCAUAUUUAUAAUGAAAUAUUAGAUCUUAUUGGGAUGUGGUGUGUGAGUUUCUCACACAAAGUAAAUUUAGGCAUAUCUGUAAUAACACAAAUUAAAUUUAGGAUAAUUACACACCUGAUAAUACUCUACAGUAUCUCCCAAAAUUAAAUACACCCCUCACACCUCUGUAAAUAUUAUAUUUGAUCUUUUUAUAGUAUAUAUUAGUAUAGAUUUUUUGUAUGUUGUUAUUUUGUGUGAUUAUUUUUGUGCACGGCCUGAAUCCUGUCGGGUGUGAAAUUCACCAGAGCUGCUCAGAUUCACACCUGAAUCCUCUUUCACUCCAACGCUUCAGAUUCAGGAGCUCAAUUCAGUUCAGAUCUGGAUAUAAAACACCACAUUAAUCAGCUCUGCUUCCUGUUUACACCUGAAACCUUUCAACUCUUAACGAGUCACAUGACAUGAAUGUCUGUGUGUUAUUUUAGAGGACAGUAAAUCUAUACUGAUAUAGAAUAUAGUGAAAUAUAUAUAAAUUAUAUACAGUGUUAAACCAUAACAAUAUGUAAUAAAAAAUUAGCAGAAAUGUGAGGGGUGUAUUGACUUUUGGGGAGAUUCUGUAGAUAUAACAGAACUACCUGUAAAAUUCUACUCAAAUAAUUCCAAGAAAAGAAUAUUGCAUGUUUACAACAUUUAUUUCUAUUUAUAUUUACUGUUAAACAUUUCAUCUCGGACCUUAGUUACAUUAAAGCAAUUUUAUUAAAAACAAUUAGAAUAUAUAUUUUUAAACACAGUUAACCCUGUAACUAAAACUCUAAAACUGUAACUUUAAAUAUAAACUAUUUACAUAAUGUUUAUUUUAAAGCCCUGAUUUACUGUUAACUUUUGUUCCCUCCCACAUCCUGCUGUAUCUCAUUAAAUCAGAACCUGAAAAAUUAGUCCAAAAAAUGGUGUGAAUAGAGUUACAAAUUCAAACAAAACUUAAAUAAAAAAACUAAAUGUUCAGGAUAUUCCUUUAAUUUAUGAAAGUAGAUUAAAGUUUGUAUUUUUCCACAGUAAACAGGUUUUAGGCAGUAGAGACAGUUACUGAUACUGUGAUCUGAUUGGCUGGUUGGUUUAUAACUGGAGUUAAAAAGAUUGUAUUUAAUGCUGAAACAUUUGAUAAAGUUCAUCGUUGAGGGAAUAACUGCAAUUUUCUGCAUAAAAUGAUCAAACAUUUAUAAACUCUAUAUAAAAGUGUAAAAACUCUUAACAGAUUAUUAAUGUGUCUCUCUAAUUAUACUCUGAUCUCAGAGAGUAUAUUUACAAUACUGCAGUUUAAAACACCCUGAAUAUCAGUAUUAAUGUUUAGUGUGUGUGUGUGUGUGUGUGUGUGUGUGUGUGUAUCCUCUGGAUUGUCCUUGAAUAUGAAAUCGCCUUAUAUGAUUUUGUGUUGCAGCACUGCUGAUAUUGUGUUUGUGUGUGUGUGUGUGUGUGUGUGUGUGUGUUAUUGGUGCCUUCCUGAGUUCUUGUGUAUCAUUCCGCUGGUGGUGCCAUCGACUAAUAUAUAAAUAUAUAUAAAUAUAUGUGUGUGUUUGUUUAUUUUUGUGUAUCUAAAUACUAAUAAUGAAAUCAUGUGUUUAAAUACUAAUACACAAAAAUGCUGAAAUUAUUAUUAUUUUUCUUAACUCUGUGAAAUAAAUCAAUCCUUUAACUAAAA